UUGGAGGGUUCCAACUGCCAUUGUGGCGGUGUUUGCUGCCGCAAUAUCGCCAAUGAUCCCGUUAUAACGCAACAGUCUCUUUAUUUAUUGUUCAGAAUUGGGUUGCGAAGUGCCGGUGAACAUGGGAGCUAACGAAAGCGCAGCGAGGAACGUGUCUUUCGGAAUGGAUGGGGACGAGAAGGUCACUGUUAUUGAAGGAGUUAAGCUGUCUCCGGAUGUUCUGCGGCGGAUGAAAGGGUCUCAUGCGACCAAGCAGCCGGCGGGUUCCCCAGCGAACCUUGAACCGAAAGCACGUGCACACCCACAGGGACCCACCACUACAGAAAUACAGGAAGAAAUUCGUAAAAACUUUGAACGCCAGCAGGCGUUAGUGCAGGAGCAGCUGGACAAAUUAGCCCAGAGGGAGAGAGAAGCUGUCGCGACUGCAGGCCUGACUGAUCCCAUCAUUGCCAAAGCAAAGAAUUAUGAAGACGGAGAGAAGGUCAAGCUAUUGCCAGCAGAUUUGGAUGCCUGGGCUCGGCAGCUGGAGAGGAAAGAAGAAGAGCUGGCCAGAAUUUCUAGUUUCUACAAAGACCAACUUGCGAUAAUGGAGCGGAAGAACAUUGACAACUAUAAGGAGGCAGUUCAGCAGUAUGACCAGACGGCUGCCAGAGCUGAGACCCACAUGAGGCCACUGCAGACGGAGCCCGUGUGCCCUGAGCUGCAGGCCAAAGUGCUCCAGUGUUACAAAGAUCAUCCAGAACAAACUUUACUCUGCUCCACCUUGGCCAAAGAGUACAUGGGCUGUGUGCAGCGAGCAAGGAAGGUAGAACUUACUGACCACUCACAGCUGAGCAACAGAGAAGACUGAGGCCAAGUUUGAAGAUGGGAAACUGCCGCGUCCAGACUCUGCCUGCUGCAAUCCGUCCGUCCCUCCGUCAAUUCAUGUCAACACUAGCGCUUCUUAUGUCACCCUUCAUGACUUUCGGAGAGUUUUUUUCCCCCAACUCCACGGCGCCACCUGUUGAUUUAUUAUUCAGGAGUUGUGCGGGCCCAUCCCUGCUAGCUGAAAUAAAUUCCAGUCAUCGAGGUUGCUUGUCUGUCUCUUGAUGCAUGCUACACACCAGCCUCCCAAAAUGAUCUCAUUCAGCAUAGACUCGUGCCGUUGUUAUUUAAAGCAAGGAUUAGCAUCUGUCUCUUUAUUUUAGGUUUGCUUUGGAACAGGUAAAGGCUGGAUCCUGAUGGCACUCCAGCAGCACACUUGACAGUAUGCAUAGUGUCCUUUCUCCCUGUGUUUCCAUGGUGACAGCAAGAAAUAGCUUUGGUUGCAAGGUGUGGAGGAACCUUUGCGAUAACCCUUAAGGUCAGCGCACCAAGCUUGAGCCCACACACUUGACCCCCCCUUCUCCCUCCACUGCCGCCGUACGUGCGCUUUAAAGCAGGAGCUUCACUUAAGAGGCAUUUCCACUUACAUAUGGACAUGCUUGGCCGAGCUGUGAGUGACAGGGGCGUUUUAUCACACACAAGCAGUCACACUACCAACAAACAGAGAAUAUUAAUGCCCCCCUCAGUAGAUAUGUGCGAUCACACAGGUGUCUGUUCGUACACCCAUGUGUUUGCAGUGUGUCUGCUGGCCCUUACAUACUAUAUCGCUCUGAUAGGACUGAGUUAGCUCGGCCGAUCUGAUCUGAGUGUCCUGUCACGUGACCAGUGCUGUUAAAAACCAGCAUAAACCGGAAAACCUGACUUUAAUGAAACAGAAUGUACAAUGCAACGUCUGAAAUUUGUGGACUUUCAGAUGAGGAUCGUAACCAAAGAUGUUGCUAUUGAUCACUGCUAGUUAGAGAUACAGAGUCAUCCACCAGCUUGGUACAGUGAUCAGCACUUUGGAUGCCAUGGAGUCAGUAAGGCAACUUUGACAUGAUAUACGUGAUCAUUCUUUCUAUGGUCAUCAAAGUUUUUUUUUUACAUGUAAUUGAAUGCCGUGUUUUAGAUUAGAUGAUCAAGACACAUGAUCUCCAGCCAGUCAGACAGUAACCAGUCCCUCCAGGAGAUGGCGAUGUUGUGAUCGUAACCAUGAGAGCAACUCCUACCAACCCCGCCAGUUCAGUGAGUCUCUGCAAUAUCGUCCCAUCGCAGCAACAUUCCUUCCCAUUCCACCAAUGACUUUAGUCUCCUGUCGCCCGCCCCUCUACGCAGCAUGUGCAGCAUCAUAUUCCCUCCCUCCUGUUGAGAUGAAGUCAUGUGCGACACCAAACGCUCACAUUUGUCCACGAAUAUUGCCUCCAAGGGUCGCGAUUCAGAUGCGAACGAUUCUGAAUCCGAAUCCAAAUUCCGAUGACUCAAAUGCAGAAUAGACAGAACUAAAAAGCAGAACUCACUAGUGGAGCGCGCUGUCACCUGGACACUGUAUGGGGCGGACAUAAACAAACAUGGCUGACCACGAGAUCCACAUCUCUCCUCGCUAUUUCUGACUCCCUACAUCGGGACUCCGUGUAACACAUCAGCAGUUACUGUUUUAAUUGGCUGCAUUAAUGAACAACUCUGGUGACACUGACACACACGCAAACAUUCUCAACCUUUCGCUGUCAGACUCCACCCUUGUGAGGAGCUCCGUAACAAAACAACGAGCACUCACGACACGCUGUCAGCUCAGAAACUGCUCACGGAACAUCGUCAUAAAAAAGCUUAUUUUGUCUUCAGUUUUUAUUUAGCAUGAACAGUUAUUUAUUUAUUGUGUGUCAGUCUUCAUU